AUGAGCAACACGAUCUUUCGCAUCUUCAACCCUGGAGCACCGAAGGAGGAUCCCCUACAAAAGCGAAGAGGCCAGGUCCGCCGUGCACAACAAGCCUAUCGUGAUCGGAAAGACAAGUACACUAAAGCGCUCGAGAAGCAGCUCGCAGAGACUCGAUCAAGCGAAGCGAGAUUAACACGCGAAUGUGAGGACCUUCGUGCUGCUCUUGAUCGAGCAUCAGGCCUCCUUGCACAACAUGGCAUCCAAGCGCCCCUAGAGCUGCAUCAGACCGGCUCCUCGGCCUUGGACCGCACGAGUCCCGGUCAGCGGGUUGUCGAAGCGCUUUCAUCGCCCAUGCUGUUCUCACCAGCGUCACUCGCUAAGCACCAUCUGCCCGGCGGCCAUGCGGCGCCAGCAACGUUGGUCGAAGACGAUGGCAACCGCUCCACGCCAGGAGUAGCGCAGGGCAGCCCCCGCGUCUGUGAAUGUGACCAAGUCACCAUGGCCAUGGAAUUUGUGUUGAAGUGCGUUGCCACCCUGUCGCUCUCUUCUUGCCCAGCGGGCUCCAAGAUGGACCACACAAAGUCCUUUGAGUUGAAGAGCCCUGUCUCGGUCAUUUUCAUGGCGAUCCAGGGAAACCAGACGAGCCAAACGGACACGCCCUCACAACGUCGGCUCACCUGUUCUCUCUAUCUGACGGCCUGCACUCUGCCAAUGCUCGGCACCCUCCCACAGCUUAUCACGCCCAUUCAGGCGUGGAAUAGUAUUCGAUCGCGGCCUCAAUUUGGAGGAGUCGACUUGCGUAAGCUUUGGGCGCUUGCUGAGGGGCUGCGAGACGCGGUUCAAUGCCACGGGUUUGGGGCCGUGGUCAAGACGCAGGUUUUUGAGAGGUUGGUGCACGAAAAGCUUGUACUGGGGCAAUCGUUCUGA